AUGAAAUUUUUUGGAAGGCGGAAGAGUAACCGGUAUCAUCGCCGUCGAGUUCAAGCUCAUCGUCUUCACCAUCGUCUGAAGAUGUACCAUCACAAUGCACGUGGUCAUUUUUCGGCUGCCAUUCAUUGGGCUCACCAUCAAGAGCAGCACCAGCAAGAAGGCCACUGGGGCCAACUCCAUCAACAACACCUGGACUCUGCUCCAAACGUUGCUCCAGCCGCUCGUCCAAUCAAGAAAGAAGUGAAGGACCACAAAAAUGUUUAA